AUGUCCAUCGCAGCGCGCUUCCUACCACUGAGUGGAAAGCGACUCUUCUUCUGUAAGCGGAUGGGACGUGUGGUAGCGGAAAAUACCUCGACUUUCAUUACUCAAAGCUCAUCGUUCGGGUGGAUUGCAUCUCUCUUAGAGGCUUUUUGA